CUCUUGCAUCUUCACCACGGCAUCUUCGUUGCAUCCUCGUUAUCGUCGCGCUAACCCCAUGGAAAGCGGGCUGGUUGAUGAAAAUGAUGAAAUACAUCGCAAGGUCCUCCAGAAUACGCUGCAAGAGGUGGCUGCAAGAGAACAGUCGGAUAACGCCACCAAGUGCUGUGUCAUCUGCUUAGACACUGUUAGCGAUGUCUGCGAACUUUUGCCAUGCGGGCAUGAUAGUUUUGACUAUGUUUGUAUAUUGAACUGGCUUUACGAUAAGCCCCUAUGUCCCCUUUGCAAGAGGGAUGUAACCAAAGUACAACGAGGCCCUCCUGAGCGCCGAGAAACGACCAUCAUAGAACCGAAGCCGCAGCCAUCUUCAACUACGACAUACUCCCAUCAACCAUCAUUUCCUCGUCCUAGAGCUAGAGCGGCGAGGACCCCCAGAUUUACGGCUCAUAAUAAUGCCGCAGAACGAGUUCAAACCCUUCGGCGUGAUGUUUACCUGCAUAAGAGAUUCUCAAACGACGAGCAUCUCGUGUCUCGGGCACGCAUGUGGAUCCGCCGUGAACUGCAGGUAUUUUCCUUUCUCACAGCUGAGGAGCCUGCUUCUACUUCUGCUACAUCUCGUCCAGACGAAGCUCAAGCACGGAGAAGAGCAAACAACGCCGAGUUCUUGUUGGAGUAUAUUGUUGCAAUUCUGAAGACUGUGGAUAUCAUGGGCAGCGCUGGCCAAGCUGAGGACAUGCUAUCAGAAUUUCUUGGACGAGAUAAUACGCGAGUAUUUUUGCAUGAGCUACGAUCAUGGCUUAGAAGUCCAUUUACAAAGCUCGAAGACUGGGAUCGAGCGGUGCAGUAUGAUCCGGUUUCAACAGAGGAGUCUCCAUCCGGACCGGCGCCAGGGCGGAGCCGAAAUGAGGAUGCGCCUCAAAUACGGCACAAUCAGAACCAGGUGCGAUCUAGAGGAGACUAUUACCGCCCAGGACCAGCUCGAGGCUCCCGAGAAGAGAUGCGGAAAUCAAGGCGUGAGCCAUAUACUCGUGGUAGGCGAAGAAAAGAGAGAGGCGCUUAAGGAGUGGCAGUCUAUGAGGAGCAUGAAAGCUCGUAGGGCAGGCGUAUUUGGGAGUUACUUUGGCUGCAUAAUAGAAGAAAAUGAUACCCGUACCAUAGAUAGGCAAUUAAAAUAGGAGUUUUUAGGCAUCUUCAUAAUAGAAUUGCAUUAAAUUUAGAAGAGCCAGUCGUGGAAGAGGUCUGGAUAUUGUCUGCCUGGCCCAUUUGUUAGUCG